GCUUGUCGUUCUUCUUGGAGGUCAUUGCCAAGGCGCUAAUUUUGUCACAGCAUUUCCAGGAUUAUUUUCUAAACUAAAUGGCUUACAUCGAUGUGUACAAGUUACGUCAAAUUAAGUAGUCAGGGAUGAAUCGUUUAAGAAGAACAUUCAGCUUUCGGAAACGAAAAAAGCAGAAUAAGAGUGAUGCUGGUGAUUCGUCGAAACCACAACAAUGGCUAGAUGAUGAAGUGAAAAUCAAGGAGGGAUUCUGUAGUUUCCAAGUUAAGUAUUUAGGGAAUAUUGAAGUUUAUGAGUCAAGAGGAAUGCAAGUAUGUGAAGAAGCGAUUAAAGCUCUAAGAAAAUCAAAGAAACCUCAAAAAGCUGUUUUAUCUGUCAGUGGUGAUGCUCUACGCGUUUCAGAUGACGUUAGCCAGCAUCUUAUCGUCGAUCAGACAAUUGAAAAAGUUUCAUUUUGUGCUCCUGAUAGAAAUCACGAGAAAGGAUUUGCAUAUAUAUGUCGCGAUGGAGCUACCCGCCGUUGGAUGUGUCACGCCUUUCUUGCCGUCAAGGAAUCCGGUGAACGGUUGUCUCAUGCUGUCGGGUGUGCGUUCGCUAUAUGUUUGGAGAAGAAACAAAGACGUGAACGAGAUGCUCUUCAGUUGGAGGCUUCAGAUGAUCGUCCAACUUUCGCUCGUGUUGGAUCGUUUCGUCCGGCUACUCUCGCUGAACGGCUACUGGAUCCUCAGUCUACUAUUGUAGUCGACCCAGUGCCAAAACCUAAUAAUAUAUCUUCAACAUUACCUACCACUAUAACUCGGGUGUCUUCACCAGUUAACCAUAUUGGAGCUAUCCCACGACCCCAUGCUAGUCCAUCAAUUAUUGAGCGACAAGGUUCGCUAAGAAUAUUUCCAAAAUUACAAGAGAAUAGUCCUUUCAAAAGAGAUCUUUCAUUACGUCUUGAAGGAGUUCCUUCAAAUGUACGCCGUUUGACCGGAAUAAUUCAAAGCGCACCCAUAGCGGAGGAACCAGCUACAGAAUUCGAACCAACGAAACUAGGAGUAUGUGCUAAAAAUAAUGGGCAACCUGAAAAAAACGAAUUAGUUACUGUAUGUUCUACGUCUAAUUGUAGCCCACUCAUAGUAGUGGCCAGUUCAUCUUCGAACCUUUCAAUUAUGAAUGGUCUAACUGUAGUAACUCAAUCAUUUGUACCUAGUAGCCAGUUUAAAAGUGAUUUCAAUCUUGAUCCUGGAGCAUCACAGGCAUUUAUACCUCCAAUUAUUUCGGAUCCUUUUUCUGCUGCUCCAAUCAAUCCAGCUACAAUACAACGGCACUAUCAGAUGGAAUUGCAACAACAGACAGCCCAACAAAUCACAGGUUCUUCACUACUAAGUUCCAAAGCUCCAACGGCUGUUGUUUCAACUAUCAGUUCUACACCAACUUCACCAUUUUUAGGCGGACCACCAAUUGCUGCUCCAACUGUAUCGACUAAUACUUUUAAUUCUAGUCCAUGGGCAGUCACAUAUCCACAGAUGCAACAAUUUAACAAAUCUAUUAUUCAGUAUAGUUCAAAUUUACCAAGUUCUCCUACUGGUACAGUGAAUUUUCAAACAAAUCUAACUUAUCCUUCCAAUGGUGUUUUAAAAUCAGGUUCCACAAAUCCAUGGUCAUCAUCGAUCGGAUUGAUUGAUGGAAGAAACGUUAGUAAUGCAAACUGGCAACCUUCAUCACCAUCGUCAUUGCCACCUGCUCUUCUACCUCCAGAACCUGAUUGUCUUUCGGAUCCAUUCGAUUUAGGUUGGGUGGAUAGAGCUACAGCUGGUGUAUCGAAUACAUCAAGUGGACGAGGCAUUAGUAAUCCAUUUCUAAUUGCUAAUGGGGGUGGUGAUGAUAUUUCUAAUCCAAAUGCAUCAUCUGUUCAUUAAUUAAAUCAACCAUAUGAUAAUAAUAAUUGUUGUAUAUAAUAUAUACUUUUUUCUAUCAACAAAAAGAGUGGAGAUAUAAAUCUGUCUCGUUAAUGAUCAAUGAUAAUUAGAUUCUUCCUCAUUAUUAUCCCUUGUCUCUCUCACUUUCUUUAUUCAAUGCAAAACACUUCAUAACAUUUUCAAAAUAUCUAGUUUCAGAUAAUUUACAUUAUAUAACAAAAGUGUAAUUUGUUGAAUUCUUAAUUUUGUCAGGGCCAUAAGUGAGCAAUAUUAUUUCUAAAAAUAGUAGGUCAGUGCCCAUGUAUUCGCAUUCCUUCUUACAUACACAAGAAAUACUUCUUUUUUCUAGGUGCUGUGUUGAUUAUUUUCUCCGUUAUAAAUUAAAACAGCAUAUGACAAUGAUAACAAUAAAGGGUGAUGGAUGCAGAUUACUAUUACAUUUUGUUUUUCUUCAGUAAAAGUUUCAACAGUUUUCGAAAAAAGCGAUAGAUUUUUCUUGUGUAUUAAUGCUGUGAUCUUAAUUCUCUUGUUUUCCUUUUGCUUCGAUUUAAGUUUUUAUCCAUCAUGGUUUGUUUUAAGAACUUGAUAACAUUUUCAUAUAGUAUGAGUGUAUUUUACACAAAAUAUCCAUUAUAUGCAUUACUUCUGUUAUUAUCUAUUUUGUUGCGGUCGCACAUAUUUGUGUAUUUAUCUCAUUUGUUGUUUUUCUAUCCUCCUCUACAACUUGAUCGCCCUACUCGUUGUGCUUAUUUUAUCUUUUAUCAGAGGACUACCUGUGUAUACAUUGCAUGCAUAUUCUUUCUCCUCAUUAUCCUUAUCAUCAUUUAUCCGCAUUGACAAGCUGUUUCUUUCUCUGUGUUUUGAUGUUUCUCGCUCUCAUUUCAUUGAAUAGGUUCCGAAUUUUUCUCAACUUUUUUCUCUUUCCCUGUCGACUUAUAUUCAUUUCUCUAUUUACAUUAUUAAUUUAAUACAUGCUUGAAUCUAAUACGGUCUUGUCAUAUAACAUAUUGUUUUAUUUUUUAUCGAAAACAAAAGUUAUUGGGUGAAAAUGAUCCCAUAUUAUUAUUAUUAUUAUUAUUAUUAUUAUUAUUAUUAUUAUUAUUAUUAUUAUUAUUAUUAUUAUUAUU